AUUUCCUCAUAAUUAUUCCAAAGGAUGUUAGUAGGUAAUUGCAAUUGAGGACUUAUAGUUUAAUAAUCCGGUAUUAAUGGAAUUUGGCUCUAAGCCAAGUCUUUUUCCUGAAUUAUUGUCAGAAAAUUUAAAUAAUGAAAAAUUUUAAAGUUCGUCAGGGUUUUUAACAUAAAAAUGUUAUUCUAUUAAAUAAAUCUAUUAGAAAUUAUAUACAUCUAAAAAAUGAUAUAAAUGAAUUAAUGAA